AUGAAUGUCCUAUCGUAUCGCGCCACGUUGGCAGAACUGCUGGCCGUGGUGAAAGCACACAGAGAGAACGAGGAGGAGAUGAGAGGGAGUGUAGGAGGCGGUGUGCGGGGGGAUAGAAGAGGGGAGGAGAGAUGGGGAGAGGAGAGAAAGGGAGGGGAGAGACGGGAAGACGAGAGUGUGAGGGAGGGUAAAGUGGGGGAGGGUGGAGGGGGAGAAGAUAGAGGGGAGGAGGGGAAUUAUUCUUCUAAGCAAGUGAAGGGUCAAAAGGAUGGGAAGGCAAGCACAGGUCUGUCCCCUGUACACAUCUGCACCGCAUUCCACCGCAUUGCCAAGCACGCCAAGCGCAUGGGCGGUGGGCGGCGUCUCGUGGACCGGCUCAAAGAGGACGAAACGGUCCGGUGGCUCGGGCGGCAGGUGGAGGCACUAGCUAGGGGCGGCAGACUCAAGGGCCAGGCUUUGGCUAACGUGGCAUGGGCACAGGCAGAGCUGGGGCACGGCCCACCAUCUCUGCUCAACACGGUCAUGGCAGCGUCUCUCGCGCAGAUCAAAUCCUUCCAGCCGCUGGAGGUCGCAAUACUUGUACGGCGCACGCGCGGGUGGGGCUGCACUGGCACGCGCUCCUGCUCUGCUCUUCAGUACCCUGCAUCCGCUCUUCUUCCCCUGUUCUCCCCCCUUCAACAACCCCCCAACCUCUCCUCCUCCCCCACCUCUCCCCCCCCAUGGCAUCCCAGGGCACACGCACGGGUGGGGCUGCACUCGCACCUGCUCUUCCGCGAGGCGGCAAAGCUUGUCCUUUCUGACAUGAGCAGCUACAGUGCACCGCAGCUCGCCAUCAUCGCAUGGUCAUUCGCCAAACUCCACCACUCAGACGACCCUCUCUUCCACACCCUGGCUGCGUGGGCCGAGAGCAACGCUCCUGCGUUCGCAUCUCAAGAUACCUCCAACAUGCUCUGGGCAUUCGCUCGUCUCAACGUGAACGCUCCAAACAUGUUUGCACUCUUUGUGCCGCGGGUGAUCGGCUCGAUACAGGAACACUCCACACAGUCACUUUCCAACAUUGCAUGGGCGUACGCCACAGCAGGGCAUCGCAGCCACCAGCUGCUAGAGGCAGUGGGGGAGGAGAGCACGAGACGAAUUGUGGGCGGCACACUGGAGAGGGAGGCUAUAUCUGGGCAGGCUGUUGCCAACAUUGCGUGGGCAUUAGCAACGCAGAGUCAUUACGACGUUCCCUUCUUCUCAGCCGCUGCCGCCCAUGCCACCCGCUACAUGCCAAGAUACGCCGGCCGCACAAUUGCCUGCCUGGCGUUCGCCUUUGCUCUGAUUGGCCACACCGCCCCCCCUCUCUUCCUGCGUGUUGAAUCUGAGAUCAUCCGUCGUCUGGCCAUGCGGUCAGGCGAGCAGGAGUUUGGGCGCCAGGCGUUGGUGAUGCUUGCAUGGGCUCUCGUGGUGCAUGGGCAAACCGGCACACCCUCUGCUGCUCCUGCUCUGCCUGACACCGCUGCACCUUCUGCUGCUCCUCCCACCACCACCAUCACCACCACCACCAACUCCCCAUCCUCUCUCCCCUCCUCCUCCUUCUCCUCCCCCUCCUCCUCUCUCAGCCCAGCUCUCCCCAUCCUGCGUCACCACCUGCUCUCCCUCACCACCGACCUCACCUCCUCUGAGCUCUGCCAGCUGUACCAGGUCGAUCUAGCCACCCAGCUAGAGGCACCGGAGCACAACACUCGGCUGGUACAAGGGGGCAUGGGAGCCAUGAUGACUGAUGCUGGCAGGAGCACGAGCGGCAGUGGGAGCGCGGGAGAUGGGGAGUGGUGGGAGCAAGAGCAGAAGAAGCAAGGGGAGCAGCAGGAGGUGGAGGAGGAGGAGAGGGACGAGUCGUAUUGGUAUUUGCAGCACCUGUGGCUGUCAGGGUUUGUGCGGCAACAGGCUAAGGCGUGUUGGGAGGCGGCUCACAAAGCAGAGAAGAUACAGGUGUCUGGCCUUCAGAGGGACAUCAGCUGCGCCCUGCACCAGAUGCACCUCCCCCACACCCUCGAGUACCGAGACGGCGACUACAGCAUCGACAUUGCCUUGCUGCUGCCACUCGCUCCACACCCGGCAACUGCAGACAGUGACUCAAAGAAGAGUGACUCUAAGAGGAGGGAGUGGCGUAUUCUCAAAAUAGCAGUGGAAGCUGACGGACCGUCACACUUCACUAUAAGCACAUCGGGAAUGAAUGCUGAGCAGCAGCAGCAGCAGCAGCACUCUCAGCAGCACUCUCAGCAGCAUGUGCCGCUGGGUCCCACUCGCCUCAAGGCCAGGCUGCUGCGCUGCCGAGGCUGGCAGGUGGUUCAGAUCCCUUUCUUCGAAUGGGAGUGCCUGUCGGACCUCCACCAGAAGCAGACAUAUCUCGCCGCCUGUCUCGGGCCUCUGGCCAUGCAGCUGGCGCGUGCAGCAGCAGCAGAUGCUGACGUGGUACUGGAACAGGCUGGUAGGACUGGGGAAGGUAGAACUGAGGAGCGUAGAACUGAGGAGGGUGGAAUUGGGGAGGGUAGAACUGGGGAGGGUAGGACUGGGGAGGAUGAGCCUGGGCUGGGUGACGAGCAGCAAGGGGAAGAGGGGUUGAAGGAGGGGCGAGCGGCAGACGAGGAAGAGCAGGUUGGGGGAGGGGAAUCUAAGCCUGGGGAUGGAGAAGGGAAGAAGGAAAAAGAGGAGGUUGAGGAGGGGGAAGAGGGAGGAGAGAGGAGGAAAGGAGGGGAUGUCAUUCCUGAUCAAUCUCAAAAGGAAGGGGAGGAGGAGGAGGAGGAGGAGGAGGAGGAGGAGAGGAGGAAGGGAGGGGAUGUGUUGAAGCGAGCUGAGGUGCUGGGGGCGUGGAAGGCAGGGCAGGGCAAGGGAGGGCUGGGAGCUGACCGGCUGGCUCUGCUGCGCAAGGCUGCGAUACGGAGAGGGCUGUCACAGAAGUAG